AUCGGUAUGUGGUUAGCUUUAUACAUUGAAACAUUGCUAGUGCAGAAAAGGAAGCCUAUUUCAUUGAUAACUUAGGACCAAAACCCGAACUGGGAUAAGCCGUCGAAUUUUGCUAUUAGUCUCUCAACUUUUAGCUAUAACAAUAUGACAACGAAUUAUGUUAGAAUUAAUCCCCCGGUUGUUGAGUUUACCGACGUAAAAGCAGGGAAGGUUUACAAGACCACUGUCACGGUGACCAACACUGGAAUUACCUCGAAAAGAAUGAGACUGCUUGAACCCACAUCAAAGCUGUUCAAAUUCAGGGUGACAAACACUGAAACCCCCAUUGCUGCUGGAUUGUCCCUGAGUGGCACUCUAGAGUUCAGGCCUGAGAAAGAUGAGGAUGUCUGUGACCGUCUGCUCCUUGUCCUGGAAGACAAAGCCAUGGAGAUCCCCCUCUUAGCGUUCUCCCCAGUGUGUUCUCUCACCAUGGAAUCUCUCGCUGAUUUCGGCUCUGUGAUGGCAAACAGUCAGGUGAUCAGCAAAGAGGUGGAAUUGACCAAUCAGGGAUCUGCUCCAGGAUCUUUUCAGGUGCUGUAUGAUGGAGACCAGUCCAUCAGGCUCUCUCCCAGCAGUGGCGUCCUGCAGUCUGGCGCAACCCAGUGGCUGAAGGUGGAACUCUGCACUGACAGACCCACGAGGGUCAGAGAGGAGGCCCAGGUGAAGCUGCAGAACAGUAAGGACGUGGUCCUGAAGAUCAGGGCUGAUGUUUUGGAGCAGAGCCUGGAGCUCCAGGACCUAGAGGGGGAGAGGUUGUCCUGCCUCCGCUUCGGACCCGUCUUCUUUGGGACGUCCCGGGUGGAAAAGGUGGUUCUGGUGAACAAUGGACCACAGGCCUGCGACUGGAUGGUGGUGCUGCAGGACGAUGCUCCAGGGACAGAAAUGGGCUUUGACCUCCAGAGGAGUACAGACGCAGCGCUGCUAGAGAGGAGUGUUCGUAACAGGGCCACCGCUGUGGAUCCCUCCACUGUGAUCGCCUGUGUGCCCAACGAGGGACGACUGAGACCCUACGACAGAACCACUCUGUGGGUCUGCUUCCGUCCUGUCAGCAGAAGAAGGAGCAGGGAGGAGCAGAAGACCAGUGGGGCCUCAGCAGCAGCCAGUAAACAAGACUACUCACUCUUCCUCAAGUUUCAGACAGUGGGAAGUAAAGAUGGCUUCAACCACCAGCAGCACUCCACUGUACCUCCCCACAAUGGUUACUGUGUGGAGCUGGCGGUGACUGGCUCAGCCCUCCCUGUCUCCCUGGUGCCCAGCCCCGGCCACAGCUUCAGCUUCCAGCAGUGCCUGAUGGGAGAGCGUGUGGACGUCCUGUGUGUGCUCCACAACCUCUCCCCUCAUCUCCCUGUCACCUUCAAGUUCCGAAAGAUGGCCAACUUCAUCAGUGACCCCCCUAGUGGAACCAUCUCCCCAGGGCAGAGCCAGGACGUGGUGCUGUCCUUCGCCCCCCACCAGAUGGGGACGUUCAAGGUGAAACAGGUGCUGGAGGUGCUGGGUCAGGUGGUACACCUGGAGCCCUCCUCCAUCAAGCUCCGCCUCCGCAGCUUCCACACCAUCACCCUGCACCUGUCAGCCGUUUGCCGAGCGCAGACCGCAUGCGAGACACCCAAACUCAACCCCGGAAUCACCCCGGCUGUGACCAAUGAGACAGGCCAGUAUGCCCGGGUGCCCUCCAGUGAGCUGGGCAGGUGUGUGGGAUUGGUGCGGGCAGCUGUCCUCAGCACGGCCAAGACCCGGCUCCACAGCCACGGUCAGAGCCAGAGCCACCGUAGGAACCAGAGUCUAGACGGUAGCCGGCGAGAGCUACUGGCCUUCCCCAACGACAGGGCCUGCAGCAUCCGCCCUGCCUCUCCAGACACCACCUACAGGACCAUCUUCACGGGGGUGGAGCGUUACCGCUACGAGGACCCUGACUUUUCCUUCACGGAGGAGGAGGAGCAGCAGAGACAGAGACACAGAGAUCACUACCUAGCCUUCAUCAGGAGCCUGCGAAAGACACGCUUGCAGAAAACCACUGCGAGGCUGCAUGGUGAGGUGGAGGACAACAUAGACAUUGGGCUCCGGCCUGCCGCAGGACUCCUCACCCCCCAGCUCUCUCUGAGGGACCUGGAGUCCAAUCACAGCCAGGAGGGGCAUAGCGUCGACCAGGGACAUAGCCAGCUAUUGACCACCAGUAUGCUGGCUGCCAUGGAGACCAGGUCCAGAUUCAGACAGGUGACAGAGGGCAUCAAUGCACUACCAUCCACCAACCAGGAGGUGGCAGACUGCAGUCGCACCCUGACAGUUCAGCAGCUCCACCAUGUAGUCAUAGGCCCAUCCUUAAUAGAUUUUGGUGAGGUGUGUGUGGCCUCAGUGUGUGUGAGGAACCUGGACCUGGUGAACAACCUGCAGGUGUAUGUGUGGGUGCAGCUGGAGUUAGACUGCUGUCCUGAGCUGCAGCGCUCCAGCCCCCUGUCCCACGUCCUGCCCCCCCUCUCCAGAGCCACCCUGCCCCUCGUCUUAGAGAGCACCAAGCUGGGAAAGUUCCACAAGUCAAUCUCCUACACGGUGAAUAGUCAUCACCGAAGCCAUGUCCUGGUUCAGUCCCAGCUGGUCCCUGUGGUCCUCCAGCUGUCCCAGAGCCAGGUGGUCCUGUCCCCUUCCCCCAGCUACCUGGCCCAGUCGGGCUACAGGGGUACUGUGACCCUGGUCAACCCCAGGAACCACCCGGCUGACUUCACCUGGAGGCCCAUCAUCACAGAGACGGGCCUGGCCUUCUCCAUACGCCCAGCCACAGGUACUGUGGAGGCGUACAGGGAGUUAGACUGUGAGGUGAUGUGGCAUCCCUCUUUCUCCUCUCCUCUGGAGGGACAGUUUGACCUGUGUGUUCACCAGGGAAACACCGCACAGCUACGAUGUCUGGCCAAGCUUGGUUCAUCCAGUGUGCAGCUGGCUGAGAAACAUCUGGUGUUUGGAUCAGUACCUCUCAUCUUCCCCUCCGUCAGGACCGCAACGCUACACAACACAGGACACAACCAUGCCUACUUCCAGGUGUUGGACGUGUACCCCCUGCCUGGCAUGGUGGUGACCCCCACCGACGGUGUGGUACCUGUGGGGGGGCAGGCAGAAGUCCAGGUGCACCUCAACCCCGGCGCUAUCAUGAAGUUUGACACCAGAGUGGAGAUAGCUCUAAGGAACAUGAAAUCUCUGGAGCUGAGAGUGGGCGGGUCGGUCGAGCCCCCCCUGGUGGACAUCAAUGUGAAAUCCUUCCUGUUCCACGGGGUGUAUUCUGGUUCCAGUCGUGGCGUUCCGUUCUCCCUGAGGAACCGAUCCUCUGCCCUGGCCCGGGUCCAGUUUGACCUGUCAGAACACACUGACUUCACCAUCCACCUCCCUCCACACUCUGCAGGUACGAGCCAGGAGCCAGACGUGUUUGUGAUGGAUUUACAGGGGCAGCAGACUGCCCAGUGUUGCCUGGUGUUCUCCCCUAAACAAGUGGCAGCGUAUGACUUCAACCUGCCUGUGACGGUCAACGGUGUGGGCAUGCCUCCCUUCUCCUCUUCCUCCGCCUCCGUCCCUCCCAACUCUGUCCCCAAGUCCUCCUCUUCCCGGGACCAACACAUCGUCACCCCGCGCCCGCUGCCCAUCGCCAUGGAGACGCUAUCACGCAGGGUGCAGGCCACAGCCCUGUGUGUCCCGCUGGAGAUGUCCCCAUCAAGUCUCCAGUUUGAUCUGGAGCCCUUUAGCUCAGUCACUACUACCUCACAAACUCAGACCGUAGAGCUGAGUAACGUGUCUGACAAGAGGCUGAGCUGGAGGAUUGACUGCAGCGCUGCAGUAACACCAGGAGGGGGCAGUAGCACCAGCAGCAAUGAGGGGCUGUUCACUGUCUGUCCUACCGCUGGGACACUGGAGCCAUUGCAGUGUGUGUCUGUCGCUGUCUCCCUCUCUCCUGAGAGAGUCACACCAGGUUAACCCCUCUCUCACCUCGGUCACUGUCUCCCUCUCUCCUGAGAGAGUCACACCAGGUUAACCCCUCUCUCACCUCGGUCACUGUCUCCCUCUCUCCUGAGAGAGUCACACCAGGUUAACCCCUCUCUCACCUCGGUCACUGUCUCCCUCUCUCCUGAGAGAGUCACACCAGGUUAACCCCUCUCUCACCUCGGUCACUGUCUCCCUCUCUCCUGAGAGAGUCACACCAGGUUAACCCCUCUCUCACCUCACCCUCAGAGCUCACAUUUGGUGGACAGUUAAUAUAAUAAUUAUAAUAAAC